UUUUUUUUUUAAUUUGCAAAUCUCUUUAUUCAAUAUUUUGAAGUGAAUAGUCUUGGUGAAGUUAACGUGAUCAGAAAGUCACGAAUUCAAGUCGUGUAAAUAGUAUGUAAAAAAUGCACGGUAAAGUUGAUCUUGUGAUUCUCUCCUUCUCGUAACCCCUGGAUACAGCGUGAUUUUAGUGGACUAGGCCUUACUUUUUCUUUCCUCUUUAGGCAAUAUUCUCCGGUUUACUCUUUGAUAUUUGCAUUUAUAUUAAAGCAUGUCCUAGGUUUUUUUAUGUUUUUGCUUGCGGUGGGCACGGCUUUUCUUUUCUUUUCUUUUUUUAAUUCAAGACAAUGAGCAAAAACGACCAACUUGAAUAUAAAGUUAGAGUUCAAGAUUUGCAGUAGUCUCAAAGAGGCAAGUCUUACAUAUAUAAACAAAGGUUAUAGUUUCAAUCAGUGUCCUCAAUCUUGAACUAAUUAAGGUCGACUGUAUGAAUUCUUUUUGUUCAUUCCUAUUAAGAGAUUAAUCAUAAUUUGACUACUAUAGCAUUAUUAGUAACAUACUGGUAUUUAUAGCCUUGAACUUUAUGAGUUCAAAAAUUUUGACAUCAGUGCGUGCCAGUAGCUAAGUUCUGAAUUUAAUUUUUGUACAUAGUGGAUUUCUUAAUACAAAUUCUAGAUGGGACUAAGCUACUGGGUACGGCUGUAGCCUUCUAGGUCAGUGCUUGAUGGUAUGUCCCACCUUUCUUUAUUUAUGUCAUAUUCAUGUAUGGCCUAAUAAGGUGCUUUUUAGUGUUGUUUUUUCUUGAAGAAGAUUUCUUCAAGUGGUAGUUUGGGUCUCUUCAGGAUCACAUAACAGAAAGUACAGAAUGAUUCUUUAAUCUACUGUUCCAAAAGAAAUCCCCUGAUAGGACUUUGAAUAAGCAUCUCUUCUUUUGGUGGUCCUCCACUUAUUUUUACAUCACUGUAGAAGUAGGAGCACUUUUCUUUCCCAACACAUGAACAUAUAUGCACAUUUUCCUCAAACUUCUUGGUAGACACAAGUAUAGAAAAUAUGAGAAAGAACUCAAAUCUGAGGCAGUUUCAAGUUGCAUAACAAGGCUGCAAGUCAACUGUUUUAUGUGACAUCUCAAUCUUUCAGCACCCUGGCCAUGAACUUGCUUAGGAUUGAAUUAUUUGAUCCAUGUCUCCUAUCAUCUAUACAAGAAGAUCUCUUAAUUAAGAACAUCCUCCGAACCCAUGAUCCUGAUUUUCGUUAUAAGAUAGAUGCCGGCCAUUUGCUUCUUGUUGCCGAGAGCACCAUGCAUUUCAUCUCACCUAAGUUCUCUUAUCCUCAAAGCAAUUGUAUGAAUUCAUGGAAUAUCGAAGUGUUUGGGUUAGAAGAAAAGCUUGGAUACACCAUUAAAAAGAUUUCACAUGAGAUUUUCUGCAAAUGCAAUGAGGAUGGAAACUUACAUGAAGAAACUAUGAUGUUGUUUGAAACUUUAGGCCCUUUCAGAUGGGAUGCUAAAGUAGUUUUAACACUUGCAGCUGUGGUUUCAAUAUAUGGAGAGUUUUGGCUCAUAAUGCAGUUAGUCCAUUGCAACUCUUUGGCAGCUUUAACUGCAGCACUUAAGCAAAUGCCUAGAGAAUUAAACAUGUUAACGCUACAAUGUAGAGCUUUGAACUUGUUGCUCGAUACUAUGAUAGAAGCAGCAAAUCUUGUCCUUGACUUUGAAGGCCUGCCCUUGCAACAAGAACUUUUGGAUGAUGAGGCAAUCGUUGUUACAAAGUCGAAGAUGUACAUAACAGUCUACUGGAUUUUAAGAAGCUCGAUCUCAUGCGCCUCUCAGAUUGCAGAUUUCAGGACCAUGAAAGAUAACCAAGUGAAUUCGGAUUCAUCAAACAUUGCAGCGUGGACUCUCUUCAGCUUGGUAUAUAAGCUAAGUGGCUUAUGCAAUGACCUUCGAGAGAAAUUACAUACGUGCCAAAUGCAAAUAGAUAGACAGUUUCCUGAAAAGAUACGCGAUCUUUUCAAAGUGGCCCAUUUUCACAAUCAAGAGGUGCUUCGUGUGUUAUUUUCUUUGAAGAAUGACUUACCGUUGAAAGAUAGCUCCCAAGAAAAGUACUAUGGCAUCCAAGAACUGAAAAACAAGGUGGUCUUACUUUUGAUCUCAAAGCCAGAACUCUUUUCCGUGGAGGAAAUAUUUUAUCUAGUACGACAAAUGCAUGAUCAUCCCUUGCAUAAAAAAAUUGGAGGAAGCUAUGCAAUUUUAUGGGUCCCGAUUCCAUCUUCACACACAUGGAGUUUGACUGACGAGCUGAACUUCCAGUUUCUGUCAAAUUCUUUGCCCUGGUUCUCAAUCCGACGCCCGUGGUCACUACAUUCAGCUGUGGUAAACUUUAUUAGACAAGAAUGGAUCUACAAAAACGAGCCCGUAAUGGUAGUAUUGAGCACUGAUGGUGUUGUUACAAACUUAAAUGCUACUGAUAUGGUAUGGCUGUGGGGCGCCAAAGCAUUUCCUUUCUCAGCCUCAAGAGAAAAAGAGUUGUGGGAACAGGAAAACAGGAUCUUGCAGCUUUUAAUUCAUGGGAUUGACCCUUUACUGACCAAUUGGGUAGAGGAGGGUAAACAUUUUUGCAUCUACGGAAGUGAUAACAUUAGUUGGAUCAGAGAAUUUAACGGGUCAUUAAAGAAAAUCAAAAGCAAUGGAAUUCAAUUUGAAGCUAUUUAUGUUGGCUAUAGAAAUCCAUCUAAAGACGUCGAGAACGUUUUAGACAUCAGCAUCGAAGAAAAUUUAAGUAUUUCCCUAUCUACGACGAAGAUGAAGUGGUUCUGGCUUAGGCUGGAGAGCAUAAAGAGUUCAGUUGCUAGAGUAGAACAGGCAGCUCACUAUAACAAAAGCUUACAGCAUGUGUUAAGAUUGCUGGAUGCUUGUGAAACUUCCAAUGAUUGGAUGAUAAUUGGAGAAGGAUCAUCAACUGAUGUAGUAAUCCUCAAGGGGAGAGAAGUACAAGAAUGCUUGAAUCUUGUUCCAGAAUUGGCUGAAAAUGUCACGAAGUUGGGCUUAUUUGAUGCUAUGACAUGUGCAAUGGGACCUCCUCUGCCUGUUAAACCUUGUUAUCACAAUGAGAUCCUUCCAUCUGAAGAAGGAUUGACUGAAGAAACUGUAUUUUGCUCUCGCUGUAAGCGUCCUGUGGAGAAGUUUGUUGUCUACCAAUGUAAUGUAACAGAGUCAGCAGAACAGUAGGCCAAGUUGAUUAGUCUUUGAAAUAAGGUAACAGAAAUGAUUUUCAUAGAGGGGUCAAAAAGUUUGCUUAAUUACACAGAACUUUUACGCACUCAUUGUGAGUAGGCAUUAUGAUGAUUGAUCAGCAGUUCUGCAUUAUCACAUUUACUCGUAAUUUUCAAAAACAAAUGUAAUGCAGUACCAUGCAUGCAUUUUUUUUCUUUUUUGGUAUUACUGAUGAAAUUGUUUCAAAGAGAUGCUGAAACAAAAGAUAC